AUGGCAGAGACAAACUUCACGAUGAUAACUGAGUUCAUUUUGCUGGGAUUCACGGAUAACCAGAGGCUGAAGUUUGUUCUUUUUGUAGUGUUGUUAUUGGUUUAUUUGCUCAUCCUAGUGGGGAACUUUGGAAUGGUAAUAUUAAUCAGGGUGGACUCCCGGUUUCACACUCCCAUGUACUUCUUCUUAAGCAAUCUUUCAAUCUUAGACAUUGGUUCCUCGAGUGUUAUUGCUCCCAGGACACUGAUGAGUUUUGCUGUGGAAAGCAAGACAAUUUCGUUCACUAGCUGUGCAUUGCAGUUUUUCUUUUUCGGCACCGCUGUAACCUGUGAAUGCUGCCUGCUAGGUGUGAUGGCAUAUGACCGCUUCAUAGCUAUCUGCAAUCCGCUCUUAUAUACUGCUAUCAUGUCCAACAAGCGCUGUGCUCUGCUUGUGACUGGCUCAUAUCUAACAAGUUGUGUGAAUGCAGCCAUUCAGACUUCAUUGAUAUUUAAUCUGUCCUUUUGUAGAUCCAACGUCAUCAACCAUUUCUUCUGUGAUGCGCCCCCUCUUCUAAAGCUAUCCUGCUCGGACACAACAAUCACUGAUAUAAUUCAUUUCACCUUCUCUACAGCAAUUGUAUCAGUCACUAUCCUGACCAUUCUUGUCUCUUACACAUACAUCCUUGUCUCCAUCCUUAAGAUCAACUCCGCUGAAGGCAGGCGUAAAGCCUUCUCUACCUGCGCCUCCCAUCUGACAGCUGUCACCAUAUUCUAUGGGACAGCCAUUUUCAUGUACUUACGACCCAGUUCAAAAUAUUCCAUGGAACAGGACAAAAUCAUCUCUGUGUUUUACACCCUUGCAAUCCCUAUGUUGAAUCCACUCAUCUACAGUCUGAGAAACAAGGAGGUAAAACAGGCUUUCAAAAGUCUGCUGAAGAGUCAAGUUUUCUCUCAAAGACAGUAA